AUGGGGCUCUGCUACAGCCUGCGCCCGCGGCUCUUCGGCGACGCCGGCGGUGGCGGCGGCUCCAUCUCCAGCGCGGGUGCCGCCUCGGAGUCCGAAGCGCCGGCGGAGCCUCACGCCGCCCCGCAGCCCCUCGGCGCCCCGCUGCGGCCCGGCGGUAAACCCGGCGGCGACGCGGACGGGCCGCCGCUGCUGCUGCAGAACGGCGGCGGUAACGGGGCGGCCCCCGAGCGGCCGCCGCUGCCCAAGGCCGGCGGCCCCGGCGGCGGGGGGAAGGCGGCGCGGCAGCAGGCGCUGCACCAGCCGCCGGCGCUGCAGAGACCCUGGGAGAAGCUGCGUCUGGAGGAGCGGGAGGCGGAGAAGGAGGCGAGGAAAGUCAGCAAGAGCAUCGACCGGGCGCUCAAGGAGCAGAAGCGGGAGUACAAGCAGACGCACCGCCUGCUGCUGCUGGGGGCUGGUGAGUCAGGAAAAAGCACUAUUGUGAAACAAAUGCGAAUCCUACAUGUCAAUGGAUUUAAUUCAGAAGAAAAGAAACAGAAAAUACUGGAUAUUCGGAAAAAUGUUAAAGAUGCGAUUGUGACUAUAGUCUCAGCUAUGAGCACUUUAAUACCCCCAGUUCCAUUGGCCAACCCAGAAAACCAAUUUCGAAUGGACUACAUCAAGAGUAUAGCUCCUCUUUCCGACUUUGACUAUACACAGGAAUUCUUUGAACAUGCAAAAAAGCUCUGGGAUGAUGAGGGCGUAAAGGCAUGCUUCGAGAGGUCGAACGAAUAUCAACUGAUUGACUGUGCACAGUACUUUUUAGAAAGAAUUGACAGCGUCAGCAUGGAUGACUACACACCCACAGAUCAGGACCUAUUAAGAUGCAGAGUGUUGACAUCAGGGAUUUUUGAAACAAGAUUUCAAGUAGAUAAAGUAAAUUUCCACAUGUUUGAUGUAGGUGGCCAGAGAGAUGAGAGAAGAAAAUGGAUCCAAUGCUUUAAUGACGUCACAGCUAUCAUCUUUGUUGUGGCUUGCAGCAGCUACAACAUGGUAAUAAGGGAAGACAAUAACACAAACAGACUACGGGAAUCCCUGGACCUUUUCAAAAGUAUCUGGAAUAACAGGUGGUUACGGACCAUUUCUAUCAUUUUGUUCUUGAAUAAACAGGACAUGCUGGCUGAAAAAGUCUUGGCAGGGAAAUCAAAAAUCGAAGAUUACUUUCCCGAAUACGCGCAUUAUACUGUACCUGAGGACGCAACACCAGAUGCAGGAGAAGACCCCAAAGUCACAAGAGCCAAGUUCUUCAUCCGGGAUGAGUUUUUAAGGAUAAGUACGGCGAGCGGAGACGGCAGGCAUUAUUGCUACCCACACUUUACAUGUGCAGUGGACACAGAAAAUAUCCGCAGAGUGUUCAACGACUGUCGAGACAUCAUUCAAAGGAUGCAUCUCCGCCAGUAUGAACUCUUGUGAGGGGGAAUCACCGUGGAAC